CUUUUGCCGUGCUGGAGGGCGGCAACACUGCACCCAGCCUUUUGGAGCUCUGGCGCCCAGGCCGACGUGCUUUUUGGGAGGAAUCAAGAGGACAAUCAGCCGAGUUUUCCCACGACCAGCGCCCAUCAUUGCCGCGACAUAACGCCUGUGUGACGGACGACGGCUCAAGGCGCUUGAUCUCUCUCAGUUCCCAUCGCUUUCGGCGCCCCCGAGACGGAAAUCUGCCCGCGCCCCCACGCGACGAGCGACGAGUCACCCGCGACAGCCACCGAGUCGUGACGAGUCGUUGCGUGGCGUUGGCCUGACUGACGUACCUGUGUUUGUCUCGCCAUCCUGCCUGCAGAACCCACGAAGCGGCCACGGCAUCUUGCAUGCAGCUCGGCAGCACGAGAACAGCCGAAGCUCAGCCCAGCGGCUCCAAUGCGAUUGCGAACAAGGACAAUCUCCCACUCGACGUGAGGAGGAUACCCACCACAACACAGGACAUAUCGCUGUCCAGCGCGACGAGGGCAACGGGGACAGCCUCCUCCGACACUCGUCUCUCCGGGUAGCUCCCUCAGCGUGCUGGUCAUCGGACCAACCGCGCCCCUCGCAUGAACCUACCCUCCUAUCUCCUCGCGAACGGGAACCACGUCAACGGGGUCGCAUUGGGAAGCCCACGCACCCCAAACUUCAUACCCCGUCGGCCAGUUGGAGACAUGGCCGGCGCAAUGAACCCUGGAGGUCAAGGAGGCAGCGCCGGCGGCCUGAACAAUGGCAACCCAGCCGGCACGCAGCCCCAGGCCACCGAGUACACACUUCAGGGUGUAAUGCGCUUCCUCCAGACCGAGUGGCAUCGUCACGAGCGCGACAGGAACGCCUGGGAGAUCGAGAAGCAGGAGAUGAAGGGCCGUAUAGCAAACCUCGAGGGCGCUGCGAGACGUGCCGAUGCGACACAAAAGGCCCUCAAGAAGUAUGUGGCCAUCCUCGAGUCCAAGGUCAAGGACCAGGCCUCGCAGCUCAAGGCUGCUGCCAGUGGGACCGAGGUCCAGGACCAGAGCGCCAAGCCGAAGAAGGUGGACCGCGAAGAGUUGAUACAGGCGAAGCUGCGCUCUGCCCCCGAGAAGGUCCCCGGCGCGUCCCAGGAUCUUGGCGUGGACCUCGAGCGGAUAGACGAUGACGAGUCACAGCGAUCCGAACUCAAGACCUUCCUCGACCAGUGCCAAGCCGAGUUUACCUACCUCAUGAUCACUCCUGCCAACCCCAUGCCCCCACGAGAGUCUCCCCCGCUACCUAUCUUGGAGGAUCUGCGGGAAGGCGAGGGUUAUGGGAUUCCGAACAAUCAACAACAGAUGGACCCCAUGUAUCGCCAAGCCCAAAACAACUUGCGCGAAGUCCUGGGACGACAGCCGGCUCCGAUGAGCAACCACGUCCAGCCCAUGCAACAGCAGCCUGGCAACCAGCUGUCAGUGAGAAACCCGGAUAUACAACAACCCCAGCCAGCAGCUGUCUCACAGCCAAUGGUCAGGUCUGCGGAAGGCCAGCAAGGCUACGAUGCCACCCCAGACUGGCCCGCAUCGGCAUCCGUCACCAGCCGCAUGAUUGACGAAGUACCACCAGAAUCGAACCAGGACCCCAAGCCUCCUGUCCAGUCCCAGCGAGUCGGGUUUGAUGGCGGCUCGAAACCCGAUGCGAUAGACCCUGAUGGCUGGGACUUCAACGACUCAUCCUUCCCAGACCCCGCCGGCCAUGCACAGCAGUCGGCCUCAAACCGGCCUGAUACCGAUGUCUUCCCGACCGCCGAUAACCUGCCGAAGUCACCGAGCCGUGGACCCUUGGCGCACCGCCGGAAGAGCUCAUUGUCACGAAGACGGAGCGGGGACCAGGAGAUGUCGCUGAAUGCCUUGGCUCAGAAAGUGGAGAGCGGCAACUUCAAGCUUCGCUUUGGGCUCCGCGGCCAUCUGAACACGGUACGGACGCUCAUUUUCUCCGGCGGUGGCAGCCCCGGCGAGCCCGAGAUUUGCACGGCGGGCGAUGACGGCCUGAUCAAGCGGUUCCACAUCCCUCGAGGUAGCCCGCAUGCUUACAAUGCAGCGUCUUCCGUCUCAGACUUGGACGUACAGGCUGAUUUCACACACCGUGGUCAUAAUGGUGCUGUUCUCUGCCUGUCGUCAUGGUCGCCCUCGCCCAAUUUCUCCACGGGAGGUCGAGCACAAGGGGACGGAUGGAUCUUCUCAGGCGGCCAGGACUCCACUAUCAGGGUGUGGGAACGUGGUCGAGUAGACCCCAAGGCCACUCUCGAUGGUCAUACAGAUGCUGUGUGGACAAUAUGUGUUCUGCCUGCAACACUGGGCGCUGUCUUCGGCCAGCAAAACCCCUACGGAACACCAGACCGUUUACUCGUUGCCUCUGGUGCCGCCGAUGGCACAGUCCGUCUUUGGGCAGUCAGCCAACCACCCCAACUGACCAGCCCACAACCACCUCCAGCCUCGGCUGGGCGAAGAGCCGGCGGCAGCGGUCGCGUCCGUGGAAAUAGCAUGAGCUCUGGAUCUGCAUUCCCCAGCAGUCCCCAGCCAACGAUGGCUACCAACAGCCCCUUCCACCACACCCUAGUGCACACCAUCUCCCGACCCAAUUCCACGGCGUCGCCGACCUGCAUCACGGCGCUGAGCGCGUCAGGUGAAAACUUUGUUGUCAGCUACUCGGAUGCUGCCAUAGUCGUUUAUGAUACCCGGACAGGCGAAGAGAUCGGCAGCAUGGCGAGCUUGGAGACAUACGAUGGCUCGAUCAACACAAGUGUCAACACCGUUGUCGCCACGACAUCGGGUCUCGACCAGGGUCAACACCAGCCGGGACACGGCGGCAACGAGGAGGACUCGAACUCGGGCGGCGGAGGACCGACUGGUGGCGGCAGGCAGAUGGCGGGCAGCGGCGUCGAGGGCGUCGUAAUUUCCGGGCACGAGGACCAAUAUAUUCGGUUCUUCGAUGCCAACAGCGGUCAAUGUACAUACAACAUGGUGGCCCACCCCGCCUCCAUCUCGGCGCUGUCCCUGUCCCCCGACGGCCGCGAGCUCGUGUCGGCGGGCCACGACGCCUCCCUGCGCUUCUGGUCGCUCGAGAAGCGCAGCUGCACGCAGGAGAUCACGUCGCACCGCAUCAUGCGGGGCGAGGGCGCGUGCGCGGUGGUGUGGAGCCAGGACGGCCGGUGGGUCGUCAGCGGAGGGGGCGACGGCGUGGUCAAGGUGUUUGCCAGGUAGGGACUGGCCGACGCCCGGGCGCGCCGCUCUGUCUUUGAUGAUGAUGAUGAUGGUGACGAGGAGUGGAGGGGAGGCCGCGAGGACGACGACGGCGACGACGGCGGGGAUGAGGGCGAGCGCUCGCCGAGCCCGCCCACGCCGCCGAGGCAUGGGCCCCGCGGCGGACGGAGGUGCAGCAGUGGCAGUAUCAGCAGAGAGAUGAGGGCUUUUGUCGCUAGUUGUGAUGCGCUGGGGAUCUUCUGAAUGUGCGCGCGCCCAUCCACAUUGGGGGUUGAUGUUUGAAAGCCAGGGCCCACCGAGCCGGAGCCUCUUUCUUGCUUUUUGUAUCUUGGCUGAGGGGGGUGGGGAACCUGGCACAACACGGUAUAGGGGUGCCAGAGGGGGGAACGUCUGAGAAGGGUCCGUGGACGUGGACCCAACCGACCGACCGACCGGCCAACGGAGCUGUACGAGAAGGGUGUAUACGGGAAGAGAGAAACAAAAAGACGGGGAACAAGAAUCGGUCCCGGUCUGGCAUUAAAUAAUUACUUGUCCAUGGGAGAAGCAUGUUGCGGCGUGGGGAGAUGGGUCUUCUAAAGGACGAAUUUGAUAUCAUUUUCUUCCG